AUGCCUAUUUCCACUGGAGCAUUGGAGAACAGCUUGCUGUCGCUUUACGAUUAUUCUCUGAACUUCAAGGUGUCUAUAGAUUUGGUUCAGCGACUAGCACAUCAAUUGAAACUAGAGACUUUUGUAGAUAAAUUGGGGUACACCGUAGAUGCAGCACACCAGACUCCGGGAGGCGGAAAAACACAGAGAUUGACGAUAGCAGGCACUUCUAUCCUUAUCGACAUUGAUUUUGUUGAUGACAACGACAUAGUCAAUGUUUCCCUUUCGUUGGCCAAUCAUACGUCUUCUCUGAGUUCAAUAAGCGAAGUGAAAAAUCCCAAUAGCCACAUUAAAUCGCUGACUCAGGAUGCCAAUGGAGUGACCAAUCUCUUGAUAGAUCCAGCCAAGAACCCAGUGUCGUUUUUCCAACAGGGAACGUCAGGCCUGGCUUCGAUAGCGGAAGAGAUAUUGCUUCUGAAUCUUCGUUCCAAGAAAUUGAACAGUUUCCCCGUUAACUUGAAGUAUUUGGCAGGUAUGGAUAAACUUUCUUCAUCGAGUGUGGAUGUGUUCUCAUUUCUUGAGCGUGUGGCACUCCUUUUAUAUACGAUAUCCUCAGUUCAAAGCACAAAUGACCCCAGAGAUUGGCUCCUCAGUGAAGGUUAUAUUACCAGCACUGGCAAAAUCAGAAUCAACGAUGACAACAAACAACAACUCGGAGUAUUCAGCGACUAUUGGCAGGACAACAGAUACAUAAACCAUGAAAAUGGCGACAAAACAAACCUUGUGGGAAAGAACUACAACAUGCUCUUGAAGAUUGUUUCUUCACAUAGAGAGUCUAAGCUCGAUUACUUUGAGGAAAACAGAACAAAGGUAUGGGACUUGCAUUCACCACAAGGAGGCUACAAGCCAUACCGUUUCGACUUUGAUGUGACUUCAAACCCCGACUUCUUACCUGGAAACAAUUUGUCGAUAGAAUUGGUACUCAAUCAUCCAGUAUAUCUUCCCGUCUAUCUAUUGGAAUAUUUGGGGUUGCUUGAUUAUAAGAAGAAGAAAACAGGCACCAUUGUAGACGAGAUGUUCGAAACGUUGAAUACUGGCGAUGAAAUCGUAAACAAGGUGAUAUUGGAAAGUAAUUCUGAGAUACUGUUCAAAAUAGCCCAUAACUUUACCUCCAACAAUGUAGCACCCAUAAAGUCUGUGGUAAUUAACCAGCUUACAGAUCUCGCCAUUCUCAUUCCUAACUUCAGAAACUUUCUUGUUCUUGCCAAUAUUUACCGGUCGUUGUGCGACGUCAAGUCUCAACUGGAGAUUUUGCCUGGUGGUAUAAAGUCGCCUAGUAACAGCAUCGAAAAGGAAUUGACUGAAGAAGCCAAGAAGAAACUUAAGGAGUCGUUGAAAUUGCCGGAUGAUGUCACCGACGAAGAAUUGCUUUCGCUUAAUGCUAUUUCUGAGAAUGCCACCUUUUCUACUAUCCAGCCUAUCAACAGAGAAGCAGAAACCGAUCUUGACUCUUUCUUCAAGAAUACCCCUGAGGAGCCAGCAAUUUCUGUUGAGGAGCAAAAUGCUGAAAAAGAAGAGUAUUUCCAACUUUCAUUGGACGACAUCGAUUCUGCUUCUCCUUACUACGACUUGCAAAUGUCUUUACAGGCUCAAUCCAGAUUAGGAGAUAUAUGGGUCAAGUUCAAGAUCGCCAACGGAGUAAUAGUCGCAGCACAAGACGAUUCGGCUAUGGAGGUAGAUAGCGACGACAUUAAAACCAGGUUCAUUAGGGCUCUAAACUUGACUGAAGAUGUCAUCAAGUCUAUUAAGUAUGCUUAUAUGUAG